GGUUACAUCUAUUUAUGCUUUAUUUGAUACUUACAAGACGAUUUAUAAAUGGUUGUAAACUAAGUGAUAAUCGUGGUUAAAUAACAUACCUCAGUCAGAAACGCCGAUGUCGCAGCGCUCCUUGAACUUUAUGGACCUGACGGGCUACCGUCGGCGUAGUAAACAUGGCGGACAGCGAUACAGAGGAUUUUGUGUCUUAUGGAACCCCUUUAGACCCAAUCGAAGAAGAUGAGCCACUUAAAAAACCAGUACCUCUCCAUGAUCAGACAGUCAAAGAUGAAAAGGGGCGAUUCAAGAGAUUUCAUGGUGCUUUCACUGGGGGAUUUUCAGCGGGUUAUUUUAAUACUGUGGGAUCCAAAGAAGGAUGGGCACCCUCAACAUUUGUAUCAUCCCGACAACAAAAAGCCGAGAAAGUUAAUUCCAGGCCGGAGGAUUUCAUGGAUGAUGAGGACUUUAGUGAGCAUGGAAUAGCACCCAGAGAAAUCACCACUACUGAAGACUUUACCUCAGGCCGUCAGGACACAAUUAGGGCCAAAGCCCGUGCUCUGAACUCUCUGGUUGCUCCCAUUCCUGGAGACACUGUCUUGGAAGAUCUCAUUGCACCUGCCAGGACGUCGGUGGGUGUCGAGAUGCUGAAGAAAAUGGGCUGGAAGGAGGGGCAAGGCAUCGGGCCGCGAGCAAAGAGGAAACCUCGAAAGCAGAACGUCGCAGAGGCCGGGUCCCGGGUUUACACUUGUGCCCUUCCACCGAACGGUUCAGAGGAAUCAGAGGAAGAGGAGGAUGACUAUGCUCCUGAAAACGUGACCUUUGCCCCGAAAGAUGUCAUGCCCAUUGACUUCACGCCUAAGGAUGACCCCCAUGGCCUGGGCUAUCGGGGCCUGGACCCCCAUCAAGCCCUUACAGGCUUACCUGGAAUGGGGCACAUUGAUCUCUUCACCCUGGACUCUGACCGGACCAGUAAUCUCCUGGGACCCGGUAGGCAGAAGCACAGGCGGAAGGGCGGCAUAUCAGGAGAGGCGUUCGGGGUGGGGGCACUGGAAGAUGCCGACGCGGACAUCUAUGACAGAGACACGAUGUCCAAUUACGACUCAGUUCUCGGUGGGGAGGAGCCGGGCGACGGGCUGUAUGGCUGGACAGCUCCAGCGCAGUACAACAAGAAGACAAAAGGAUCUAGCAGGGAUGCGUCCUACCUGGGUAAAAUCCUGGAGGGCUUUACGUUGGCUUCCCAGCCCUCUGAGAUUAAGACCAUAUUUCCUCCUCCUGAGCUUCCCCGGAACUUCAGACCAGUGCACUAUUUUCGCCCAGUGGUGGAUCUGGCCAGCUCCAGCCCGCUGGUAGCCCAAGUUCUCAUGGAGUCAAAGGGCCACAUGCCCCAGCAGACCCAGGAGAAAGGGCGACACCAGCUGGAUGCCUCGCAGAGGAGAGACCUGCUGGGGGAGUCCUCUCUGACAGGUCCGGCCUCCGUGUUUGACCUGCUGGAUAAUAAGGACAAGGAGCGACUGGAAGGCAUCCGGCGAUCGGCCGGCGUCGCUGUACCGGGAGCCAUGUCGGGAGAACGGCGCGCGGCCAUCGUGGCGGCCGGAGUGGCCGCGGCCACCGCCAGAGCAUCCCAGAGCGCCCCCUCCAGGCUCCCCCAGGCAGACGGCUGCGAGGAGGUGCUCAGUGCCUGGCGCAGCCCCACAGCCGACACGUCCCGCGCCUUCAGACCCUUCGAGAAGAAUCCGCAGAAGCAGGCGCGCUAUGACCAAUACAUCAGCAGGCUGAAACAGGGUCACAAAGAUGCCUUGGAGUCCAGCCUGGACGGCAAUAUGACAGAAUGGGAGCGAGGCCGCGAAAGGGACGAGUUUGUGAGGGCCGCCAUGCUCUACAAGCCCAGCAGCUCCAGCCUGUCCUCCAGGUUCACCAGGGCCAAGCACGAGGACAACGACGACAUGGUGGAGGUCGCCCAGGAGCAGGAGGGCGAUGUGAAUGACAAGCAGUCAGCGGUCAAUAUGAAAAUGUUCGGAAAGCUGACAAGGGACACCUUUGAGUGGCAUCCCGACAAGCUACUCUGCAAGAGAUUCAACAUCCCUGACCCCUACCCGGGGUCUGGGUUAGUGGGAUUACCCAAGGUCAAGAAGGACAAGUAUUCUGUGUUCAACUUCCUGACCCUGACGGACAGCAGACCGGGGUCCGGGGGGCCGAUGGGAGCCCAGAGUGAGCCUGAUUCGUCACCGUUAGCCGGCCCACCAAAGAGGGCGGAGCCAGGAAAGAAGUCCCGGUGGGAUGUGUCGGAACGAUCGGGCCAGUCGAAGGACGCCAUCAGCGAGUUCCUCAGUGUAGCACGCAGCGAGGCUUCCACAUCACAGCAGCCUGCUGGCAGCCAGCCAGCCCCCGCCCCCUUCCUCACCCCAGAGCCCCCAGCACUGUCCCAGUUACCACCAGACACACAACAGCCCCAAGAGGAGGAAGAGGAGAGGAGGCCUCCCAUGGACCUCUUCAAAGCCAUUUUCGCCAGCUCAUCGGACGAGAAGUCGUCUUCGUCGUCCGAAGACAACAGUGAGGAGGAGGAUGAUGAAGAUGGCCACCGGCAAACGGAGCUUCAGCCACCUGGGCCACUUAGCACUGGAAUGGACCCAUCAGCAGUACCAGUCCUAUGUUCAGCUGCUCCAGAAGCCAAACCUCCCCCGGAACCACCCAAGCUGCCCGCUGCCCCUUCUCAAGAACAGACACAGGAAGAGGAAGAGUUUGGACCAAAGCUGCCGCCCCCAACAUCUUCAUGGCCGCAGCUCCCAGCAUCCUCAGCUGUGCCCCAGGGCGACGCCCACAAGAAGAAAUGCAAGGAGAAGCAUAAAAGCAAGAAGGAGGCCAAGAAGAAGCACAAGAAGAAGCACAAGAAGCACAAGGGCAAGAAGGAGAAGAAGAAGAUGAGGAAGAAGCCGAUGGCCGAGGAGUCUGACAGCACUUCCGACGGCUCUGAGGACAGCGACGCAGACGGCCUUCCUGGAAGCGUCUCCACAGAAGAGCUGUUGACAAGGCUGAAGAGUCUCCGUGGGAAAAAAUAGGAGUGACUCUGCAGUAAGCAUCCAAAGAGAGCCCGUGUCCUCUAUGAGGACAGUGACCCCGCGCCAGUUGCCAUGGCACACUGUGCUAAAUGUAGCGCCUGCACCACCCCCGAUGCGGCCUGCUUUGAGAACAGCGGUGCUGCUUCCUGUACGUGGGGGAGCUGCACUGCUGGCUGACUGUGGCAGACUAUUAAAGGGCCGCUGACCCUUCCGGA